GGCAUUUACCAACUGUUCGAGCCCAAGGGUCUUCCCUGCAUCCACGGAGUACAUCUCUCUCGCAAAGACUUGGGGUAUUGGGCACUCAACUCGAUCAGUGAGAACCAGCAGAAUGCAGCAGGGUGGUGGAGUUGAAAAGGAGGUGACAUGGGAGGAUCAACAAAAUAUCAACAAGUUUGGAAGAUUAAACAACAGAUACCACGAGCUUCAAGAUGAGAUCAAAGUCUCCAAGGAACUGACUGAGAACUUGGAGGAUGCAGGCAAUGAGUUGAUACUCUCAGAUGAGGAGGUGGUGAGGUUUCAGAUUGGGGAGGUCUUCACCCACAUGCCAAGGGAAGAAGUAGAGAGCAAACUGGAUGAGAUGAAAGAGGAAGCAGCCAAGGAACUGGAGAGACUCGAAGAAGAGAGAGAAUCAGUUCUAUCACAGAUGGCUGAGCUCAAGAAGAUCUUAUAUGGAAAGUUCAAUGACUCCAUCAAUUUGGAGGAGGACUAGAGAUCAAUUUUGGUGUGCCAGGGCUCCGCCUUUAUGUGAAAUGUGAAGUACAUGCCUUGUUUAAUUUGUUUGAGUGGUGCUUUCUAGUUGAGGUAUGUCUUUUUCGUAGAAGUUGUUGGGUAGUCUUUUGCCUUUGAUAUGAAUGUGUCUGGAUGGGAAUUUUUUUGGAUAACAUAUGUUUAGAUGGGAUUUUACUUGAAAUUAUGCAUUUAAUAUGGAUUCAUGGUGCUGAA